UUCAUUUUUUAUUUACUUCUUCAAAAUAAUAUAAUAUCAAGCACAAUGGCUAACCCAAACUACAACCCUCAAUACAACUACAACAGGGGAAGCUAUGACUACAGCAACAACCCUGGUGGUUAUGACAGACCUGUCCCAGCCACUCCCCGGCAAGGAGGAUCUAUCAACAGGGGCCAGCAGUACCAAAACCAUCAAAACCCACAAAACCCACAGUCACCAACAUACGGUCAGCGCCCUGUCUCUCAACCACCACGCCCUGCCCCAGAUAAUCACUUGAUCGAUUGGUUCCGUGCUGUGGACACAGAUGGCUCUGGUGAACUUACCGUAGAAGAACUUCAGAGAGCCCUGGUCAAUGGCGACUGGAGUCCAUUUAACAUUGAAACUGUUCGUAUGAUGGUCAAUAUGUUUGAUACAGAUAAUACUGGGACGAUUAGUUUUGAGGAAUUCAAGGGAUUGUGGAAGUAUAUUGAAGACUGGAAGAGAUGUUUCCAGACAUUUGAUAUGGACGGGUCUGGUAGCAUUGACCGUGCCGAGAUGAGAAAUGCUUUGCAAACCUUUGGCUAUAACCUCACUGAUACAUUUGUUGGAACUCUGAUUCAAAAGUUCGAUCGUCAUGGCCUUGGCACUGUCACUUUUGACAACUUUGUCCAGGCGUGUGUUAGCGUAAAGACACUCACUGACUCCUUCAGAAGGUUCGAUACUGAUAAUGAUGGCUGGAUUUACAUUAGCUACGAGCAGUUCCUUGAGCUUGUAAUUAGUCAGAGAUCCUAAUUUGUUAUUAAUACUCCUUCUCUUCAUUACCAUUUACUCACCCACUCACCCACUCACUCAAUUUAUUACGCUCACUUACUAUCGAGCAUACACUACACACUACACACACACAUAUCAAAUAAAAUGAUCCGCAGUACUUUAUAAUGUACAUAUUU